ACGGAAACUUGGUAUUAUUGAGUGUCGACUCCACAGCCCCACUUUGGCAAAGCUUUGACCACCCAACCGACUCAUUUCUGCCGGGUUCCAAGCUGGGAUAUAACAAGCGCACCAAAACCAAACAGGUGUUCACGUCAUGGAAAAACUCAGACGAUCCCGCACCCGGCCUAUUUUCUUCUACCACUGAUGGCAACGUCACAGUUCACUUAUGGAACGGUACUGAGGAAUACUGGAACAGCGGGCCCAACUUCGGAUAUGGCACUUAUUUCAAGCCAUCUCCCACGUACAAUUUCACCAUCGUUCACAACGAGAACGAGAGUUACUUUAGUUUUAAUAUAUCACCACCCCUAAUAGCAAGAUGCAUAAUGGACAUAAAUGGGCAAACGAAGGAGAUAGCGUGGUUAGAGGCUAGACAGCAGUGGGUUGCAAUCGCUGUUAAUCCCGCACAAGAAUGCGACGUUUAUGCGUACUGCGGCCCAUUCGGCAUCUGCACCCAAACUUCAUCGCCCGUUUGUGCUUGUUUGUAUGGUUUCAAGUACAAAUCACACAAAAAGUGGGGUUUGAAUGAAUUCUCUGAUGGCUGUGAAAGGAAGACCAGUUUGAAGUGUGGAACUAAUUACCAAGAAGAGGGCAUGGCCGAUAGCUUCAAAAUGUAUCCAAAUGUGAGAUUGCCAAGACAUCCUCAAAACAUCACAACUCAGAAUCAGGCAGAAUGUGAGUCCACUUGUCUCAACAAUUGUUCUUGUACUGCCUACGCUUAUCAUAACAACAAUGGUUGCUCACUUUGGGCUGGACAACUCCUCAACCUCAAACAGUUUGAUGCUAAUGGAAGCACCAUUUACAUCAGACUUGCUGCCUCUGAAUUUUCAAACCUCAAAGAUACAAACUCAAAGCAGUUGUUAGGAAAGCUCAAAGCUAUCAUACCUAGUGUAGCAGUUGCUGCUGCAGCUCUAGUGGCAUGCACUAUUUUCUGCGUCUGUUACAAAAGGAGAAGAGCAGCAUUGAAAAUAACAGAACUUGCAGUGGACGCAAUAAUGGAUGCAACGAUAGAUGAAGAUACAGAUGAGAACCGCAUUGACGUCCCACUCAUCACUUUCCAAAGCAUAUUGGAAGCUACAAACAACUUUUCCGAUGCAAAUAAGUUAGGAGAAGGAGGCUUUGGUCCAGUUUAUAAGGGUAUGCUUCUUGAUGGACAAGAAAUUGCAAUAAAAAGAUUAUCAAGUCAAUCUAGUCAAGGAAUCAACGAAUUUAAGAAUGAAGUUGUAUUAAUUGGAAAGCUUCAACACAGAAAUCUCGUUAAACUUGUUGGCUACUGCACACAAGUGGGAGAAAAGAUCUUGCUAUAUGAAUAUAUGCCAAACAAGAGUUUAGACACCUUCAUAUUUGAUCAAACACGUAGACUAUUGUUGGAUUGGAGCAAAAGAUUUGACAUUAUUUUGGGAAUUGUUCGAGGACUUGUAUAUCUUCAUCAUGAUUCAAGACUGAGAAUCAUUCAUAGGGACAUGAAAACAAAUAACAUUUUAUUAGAUGAAGAAAUGACACCAAAGAUUUCAGAUUUUAGAUUAGCAAGACUAAUCGCUGAAAAUACAUUUGAAGCAAAUACCAAAAAAGUUGCAGGCACCUACGGUUACAUGUCUCCUGAAUAUGCUCUAAGUGGACUCUUCUCAACUAAGUCUGAUGUGUUUAGUUUUGGAGUGAUCAUACUCGAAAUAAUAUGUGGAAAGAAAAACACAUCAUUUUAUCAGCAUGAAGAAGUCUCAAACCUUUUAGGCUAUGCAUGGAAAUUAUGGAAUGAAGGGAACGCAAUGGAUUUAUUAGAUGACUCAGUACUAGUAGAAUGCUGUAAAGAAUGUGAAGUGUUGAAGUGCAUAAAUGUUGGGUUGUUAUGUGUUGAAGAAGAUCCAAAUCGUCGUCCUAGCAUGCCUAAUGCACUUCUGAUGUUGACAGAUGAAAGUACGAAUCUACUUAAGCCAAAUCAACCAGCUUUUGUUACAAGAAAUCGGAUUUGCAAUGACUCUUCUACUUUAGAAUCUGAUAAACCGUGUUCCAAUCAAUUGACUUUUUCCGCGCAAGAAGGUCAAUAAGAAUUUGUAAUAAUAAUAUAAUAAGUUGU